GAUGAUGACGAUGAUGACGAUGAUGACGAUGAUGACGAUGAUGACGAAUGUCGCGGUAUGCAAAGAAAUCGAAGAAGGAAGAAGAAGAUGCCUUGGUACGAGUUGUUCAAGAAAUACUUGACAAUUUCGAAAACUGGAGGACUGAGUGUAGAACUGAAGAAGACUUCAUUGACCAAGCAUUGUAUCCGUUUCUGAGAAACAUACUCUUGCGUGACAAGAAUGUCUCAUCCACACGGUCCUAUGGAAAAAUACCAUAUGGUCAUCCCAAUUCAGACAGCAGCAGCAGCAGCAAAGCUAAACCCGAUUUUUCUCAAAUUUUGAGUGAUCGCUCUAAGCUGGCUCUAGAGUGCAAACGAUCUAUUGAUCAUCAGGUGUCUCUUGGUGUCCGUACACCUAAGUGCUUUGCGUUGUUUGUUGAUGGUGAAAUGUGUUUUUCUUUUGUGUGUGAGUUGACCUCACAUGGAAUCUACACUUUUGUGGAACUUGAUGUGUUUUCGCUCCCUCGCGGAAAAAUGGAUCUGGGCUCUUUGCCUGACACCGUCCUCUCUUUCUGUUGGCUUAAAGAGCUAAUAAAUGAACAAAUGUCUUGUAUCUACAAGAGAAGAAAGACAAAUUCUUUGCUUCUUUGA